AUGAACAAGAAAAACAGACCAAAAGAAAAGGAGUUAUUGGAUGCUUAUGGUGAAGUUACCAAUUUUCUGUCUCAAAUGAAUUUCAAGUCUGCGGAUGAAAUUAUUCCUGUGCCAGAUCACACGUCUGAUGGAAAAACUCCACCUGAGUAUCAGAUAUGCCAGAGAAGCACGGAAUCAAAAGAUCCAGCAAUAGCUGCAGCUUCUUGUGUAACAUCUGUUCAAAUGUCAGAAUCGGUUGGACUUUCUCAGACAGCAUCACCUUGCUUGCACUUAAAGAGUACAUUGACUGACUCAUCUGUAGCACCAGCACAAUUUACUAAAAACUCAGGAGUGUCAUCCUCUGUUACAGCUGAUCCACAACUGAGCAGUACUGAUGGGAAAGGAGCCUUCUUCAGCACUUCACCAACCCAUGGAUAUAAUACCUGUGAUCCAGCACCUGACUUGACUGCAUACAUAAAACACUCAUAUUCACUACAUCACAAAACAGUAAAAAAUAGCUUGCAGUAUUCUGGUGCACAGUCAGAUCAAGAUCAUUCUGAUAGUGCAGAUGACUUGUUUUCAGAUGGCCACGUGGAGCAACCUGAAAAGUUGUCUUUAAGUGAGCGUAUAUUUAAGAAGACUUCUGUUCCAUCAAAGUCUGUGCUGCCAGAAGAUGUAAAGCAACAGGAGCCUUUCAAACAUUUUAAGCACACAGAAGCAGCAUUGAAACUUGAUAAUGAUCUCUCGUCCUCAUGUCAGUUAAAUAAACUAGUACAAGACACUAAAAAUGUGUUCCCAGAAACCUGUGCAAGUGAAUCCAGUGCACCUGUUUCUCAAGAAAGCGACACCCAGCAUGAAAUGAUGCAGAAAGACCGUAUUAUAAGCUGUUCAACAUCUCUAGUCCCCAGUGGGCAAACAACAGAGCUGUUGCAUACUGUGUGUGAAGUGCUUCCAUUGCCUCUUCCUUUGCCAGCAAAUGUUGCUCCUGUCCGUAACGUAACAAAAACUUGUACUCAGACUGCUUGGAAAACUUCUUUUAAGAGUGUGUGUCAGAGUAAAUGCUCCUCUAGCGAGGACAGUGAUGAUGGGAACAUGAAUAAAAAUCCAGUAUGUAAGCAGAAGAAGAGGCAACUGAACCCUGGCCAGUUUAAAAAAACUUUUACAAAGAAAAGAUAUAACACUGCUAGUAGCAAAAGUACAAGCAGUGACUCAGCACUUGUAAUUAAAGGGAUGGAGAAAACCACCAAUUUUAAGCAAGUUGGUGGGAAUUUGUCAUUGGAAGUAUCUCCAAAAAAUUCCUCUGUAGUUGAAGUUGAUUGUUUCCAAAAUUCAGAACAACUGUUUCAGGGCACAGGUUCCAGUCCUGCACAGCAAGUUGACAGUGAUGUUCUGAUUUCUUCAUGGGCAGACAGUCCCCUUCCCCUGUCUGAAAGACUAAAAAGAAGACUCAAAAGUAAUUAGGUUGCUCAUAAAAUAAUUAUGGUAACAAUUAACUCUGAAGCUUCACUUCUUAUAGAGCUCUUUUUCAGUGUUUCUCCUGUGCUGUGUCAACUGAAGUGCAAACAUUCAUGAUGAAUAAGUUGUGAAAUACUUUAUUUUGGUGCUGAAGCUUGAAACUAAAAUGAUGACAAAGGUACUAAAUCAGACAUUGUGGGCAAAUACCGAUUAUUCUGGGCUUGGUUAUGUUUUGAAUGUGUAAACAGCAGACUGGUAUAAAAGGGAGCAAGGUUGGGACUUUUGAAUUAUGAAGUCUUUUUUCCCUGCCAGGUUGUUAAGGCUAUUAGUCCUUCUGCUUAUACAAACAGACUUACUAAAAACAGUGCCUGUUAUUGGAUGUGUUUAAUAAGGCAAAUCAGCACAGCACUUUACAGCUGAAACUUUCAAAUCUGCCCCACUGACUUAAUUUUGCUAGUUUAAACUAUGCUUUUCAAAUUAUGGGAUGUUGGAUGUAUUGAUUAUCUCUAACGGGUCAGCUUGAGACAUGCAGCGGAUGUAUGUUUGAGCAUAGCUAAAUUGAUAAUAUGCUGUGCCCUAUAAUAAACCUAUUUGAAUAUUUGUACCUUCCAAAUGGAAUAAGCCAUAUAAGGAUAUUCUGGUUUUAUGGCUGUCACUUGCGCUAUUCAAGAAAAUUUGAUGGCAGUUUUAACCACAUGUUUCUAAGUUAGGGCAUUUUUAAUUUACAGAGGGUAUGCAAUUUCAUCUAACAUUCACGUAUACCAAGAGAAAGGUUAAAUACAGAAAAUCAACAUCUGACAACAGUAUUGCAGGCUCUCUGAAAAAUAUCAUGCACUGUAAAUGUUUGAUCUUAUAGCAGGAACUUAAACACAAUUGGAUUUUUGAAGGUGUUUUUUCUUUCCUCUUAAUAGUCAAGCAAACUGAUCAUAAACAAAAAAAAUUGUCUUCUCAAGCUUAUUAGAAAAUUUUUCCUUACCUGUACUUACUUCAUAAUUUUCCUUUUACUGACCAGAAUGAGGGCCCACCUUACAUGCAGUGUUUAUGUUCUACUUGGUUUAUAUUAUUCGUGCAUUAAUGAAAAGGUCAAUUAUUUCUUAGAAAGGCAGAAACCUUAGAAGUUAGGAAGCAAAACUCUGUGUUAAAAGAAAUAGAUAAUAUAAUCUGUAAUUAGUAAAAUUGGUAACUUCUUAGCUUGGCCAGUAGCAAAAGCUGAUUUGUGUAAAUUUUCUAAAUGAAAAAUGAGUUAUAUAGAUGAGCAAAAGUUCCAGAAGUAUUGGAAACAUCUCUUUCUGGAAGCUCACCACCCAGAUGGUGUGAGCAUAUAACUGAAAGAACAGAAACGCUAUGGAGAAUCAGAGUAACAGUCACCUGCGAAUUAGAAAGGGAGAGAUUCCAGAUGUUCUAAUCAAUUGUGGACAGACUCUGUGUGUGCAGAAAAACACAUCUGUUUGAUUCUGUUUCUUUCUUGCUGCUGAUUUUUGAAUACUGAAAGUUGUAAUCAGCUGCUUGAAUUUUCAGGAAUAAAAUAUCAGCAAGUACUUAUUGGAAGGAUCAUAAAUUUUUACCCAUACCUUGUGGGUUUCUGUACUUUAGAUUUUUGUUUAAAGCUGAUGGUAAGCUAUGUUUUUGUUGUUGUUGUUAUUGUUUUUUUUUGUUGCUUUUCAGAUUUCUGGAAAGACUGCCUUACUGAAGGAUUUUCCAAAAAUACUGUGCCAUAAUUUACAACAAAUUCAUAUUUUAUGGAUUAUGAAAGUCAGAAAUGAGAUGCGUUCAUGAGCUAGUAAGAACUGCAGUGGAAGAAAGUUAGAAGCAGCAAUAGAUUUGAAAAUAACUGCAUAGGAUACCGCCUCUCACACUAUUUCUGCUCGCUGCAGCAAAUCAACAUAGGAAAAUUUAUCCUUGGGGGUAUCAUCAGAUUUGCAGUUCUCUGCAGACAGUUUAAAUGCAUUUGGAGUUCUCACCUUACUGUAAUUUACUCAGUGCAAGGACUAGGGCCAAUUUCUCUACUUUGGAGCUGUUCUAAGUGUCAAAGCUGACUGCUUUGCAGGCUCUCACAUUUGUGAAGAAAAUGCUUAAAUAUAUUGAAUGUCUGUAACAGAUAACAUCUGCAGAAAAUAUUCCUAAAAGAUUAUGCUAAACAGGUUGCAAGUAUAAGUGAAUGUAAUACAUCUGCCUGUUACCACUGAAUACGUUUUCAUUUAUCCAUCCUGGUCAGCCAGCACAAUCUGUAUCAGGAUGCUUCAUACAAAGCAAUAAAAUUAUAUCUGCUGUGAAGAUGGA